UGAAUAACAUUACAUGAGCAAAAUUAAAAAAUGUAAUUAUAGCCACUUACAACUACAUUACAGUGUGUUAUAAUUGAAAUGUUUAUACAGUAUAACAAAAAAUACAGCAAACAGUAAACAUAAAAUGCUAAAUAGGGGGACUUAAAGUAAAGCGUUACCUUUUUAAUCUGUCACAAAUGGGGUGAUUUUCGAUGUAAAUGGUAAUGGUUCGAUGUAAAAGAUCUCGUUCCAUUUUUCUUACCGUUUCACCCUUCAAUGCUUUUCUCUGUAGUUUCCGCACAAACCUUUUUCCCGCCAGGCGUGGUCACAGCAGUCGAAGAAAUUAUUCUAUAGAAUAUUCUAGAAUUAUUUCUUUAUCCGCGCGUGAAUGAAAUUGUUGACGAUGGAAUCUUCCGGGAAGGCGACGUGAACAGGUAACGUAGAUCUUAUUGGAACGUGGCCCGCGUGCUGUUGCUAGGAGGCGCUGUUGGAGCCCGGAAGAGUUGAAAAUGAGGAUGAUGAAGAUGAUGGGCAACCCGAGAUUGAGAGGGGAAAUAUAAGGUCCACGUUAUAGCCGCCACUUUGUUGCCUCCCUGCGACAUUUGUCAGUGUCUAACACUCACCAUCGGUAGAAAGGAAAGGAGAAAUCGCUUUUUUUAUACUGUGAAGCUGGGUGACGAGGCUACAUGGUGCGUGUCUCCUAUUCAGACUGUGGAUGUGUGGGUGUCCAGAGAUGGAAAGCUAUGAGGAGUUUUGCCUGCGGAGUUUGGCCAUACUGCAGGAGGAGGGGAAAUUCAAGAAGACAACAUGUGAGCCACUGUGUUCCCUGAAGGCUCGCUCUGUCAUCUGCUUUCAUGGAAGAGCUGUGCUUUCGCCACUGUUGAGUGCAGAGCAGCGCAGGGAGAUGUGCGGCCACAGACAGAGGGCGGUCCAGCAGGAGCUGGACAGGCAGAACCAGCAGAGGAACAAGCUUUUGGCCCGAGUUCAGGACAUUCUGGAUCAAGCUCAGACACACACACAGAAGCUACAGAGUGACGAGGUUGACAAGCUGCCCGUUUCUAAAUCUGCGACAGUCAGUGGCUACACCCUGGUCACUGACUCACCUGGACUUCCCAGAGACCCUGGAUGUGGGCUUCAGACAAAUGAUCGACCUGCCACUCCCUGCUCUGAGACCCCCACCCUCAAUGGCUUCAAGGCAGUGGAGGAAAUGAAGGUGGACAAAGAAGAGAAAAGUGAUGAGGAAGAGGAGGAGGAGGAAGAGGACAUUAGUUUGGACAGCCUUCUUAAGAGAUCAAGAGAGUAUGUGAAGAGAGAGCAGAGUCAGCAGGGGUCAAAAGUUGUCCACACAGUCACCCGGACUGCCCCGUCUGAGGUGGUUUCUGACAAGGAGAAUAAGAGCUGUAGUCCUGUGGGGGACACAGGCGUUGAAUUUGGAUUCAGUCUGCAUCAUAGUCCUAUUGGCACACCUCAGAUCCAGCACCAAACUCCGUAUGACCCCAGUGUCCAACAGUCUGGCUGCCUCUCUCCUACUCUACCCGACCGGUAUGUUCGUCUCCCCAGUCCUGAGUCUGGCAUUAGUCCCCGUGCACGGAGACGCAGACCACGCCCAGUAUCUACGGGCAACAUCCAUAUUUCAUUUCCGAUUGGCCCAGCAGACCUUAUACCCCGAAGCCCAGGAAGGUCAGGGGAAGGUGCGAGCAUGGCAGAUUGGGGAGAAGCUCUCGCAGGAGUCAUAAAGUCCUCUGGUCACUGGGGCUCAGUGGGGAAUGAAGGUGCUAGCAGGAGUGGCAAUCGUCGAUCCAGUCACUGUGGAACCAGUCCAGUGCGCGAGGCCUGUAGUCCCAUUAGUGCCUCAGUGCCCAGCCCGAUGGGACACCAUGACCACCUGGCUGCAGGUUUUCGCCGGCGCUGCCACACCCUGGACAGCCAGUUGAACACCUACCCCUCUGGAGUUGAGCACAUAGACCGCAGCCAGGAAAGAGUGCCUCGCUUCAUGGCAGGAGUUACAUGGUUGGCUCCAAGUCGGCGCACCCCUGCAGCUCCUUUAAACCAGUCGUAUGAGGUAGAGAAUCCUUCACUAUCUCUGCUGAGGCCCCGUGUGACUCCUGACUUGCCUCAGGUCACACUCAGGGUGGAACCUGACGAUCACCAGGGGCCAAACAAUGGAAGGAUCACACCAGCAGUCCUCAGAAAUGCACCUGAAACACAGGCCAGCAACACAGAGGAGACCCAGAGGCGAGCGCAGGCUCUAGAGGACAUGCAAAGGCGUCUGGAGGAGGAGCAUGCCUUGCAGAUGUCACUGCUCCUGGCUGAGCAGGAGAAAGAGCAACAGCGCCUCCGUCUGGAGCUUGAAGAGACAGAGAGAAGGCUGAAGGAGCAGGGCUGUGUGCGGCCUCUGAGUGGGGAUGCUUGUGGGUGGAAGUGUAGGUCUAUGAGUGACAGCUGUCCUGUUGUGAGCCCCUCCUGCCCAGGACUAAGCCCUGUCCACACACCUUCAGAGCGAUCACCCGGACACAGUAUAGGUUUUCCCAGUCCUGUCAGUUCCAGCGUGUGCUCUCCUUCUGUCCAGCCUCCAGCUUAUCUGUGGGGCCCCACUUGGACAGCUAGCAAACCUCGAGCAAGGCAAAGUCUGGUUCUGACAGCAGAGCAGCAGAGGGCUUUCUGUCGAAUUGGCGCCAUCACUCGUGGCUUCCUCACUCGCCGACUGCUCAAAACAGAGAAGGUCAAACACCUGCGCCAGACCAUUGUGGAUACACAGGAGUUCAUCCGUUCAUUCCAGACUGAAGCUCCACAGAAGAAAUGCACCCUCUCAGCACAAGAUCUCUCACUGCAGGAGAGAGUUAAAGCCCAGUUACGUGCAGCCCUGUAUGACAUCCAUGACAUCUUCUUUGAAAUGCCUCUGGGGGAUCGAUUAGCAUUGCUGCAGCAGGACAGGGAGCUCCGGACAGAGAGGAGGCUGCGAGACAUGGAGAAAACCAAGUGCCCCAAGGAGAGAGUGGUUCUGUCUGCUGCUACACAGAGGUCUCUUGACAGGAAAAAGAGAGUUGGUGAAUCUCCAGCGCAGGCCAGGAAGAUGCAGCAGAAGCCAAAAAGCCCAACUACCAACAGAGUUCUGAAGCCAAGCCAAUGCCAAAAUUCUCCUGUCCCAGGCCAGCUGAACCGUCAGGGUCAUCACAGCAUGACACUGGCUGUUUCCUCUCAGGAGCUGGUACAGAAAGACCCCUGAGGAGAGAGUAAAGCGCUCAGACAGCCUGAAGAAGCAGCACUCUCUGGGUUGACAGGUGACUCAACAUCUCCUGACCUGUGAACUUGAAUUUUUAGUCUUUUAAUACAAACCUUGCACCACUGAAAUUCCAGUAAGCGCUGCUAACAACAUGACGGUCCUUAAUCUACCCUCUGAAUUUAAAUGAUUGUAUUCAUUAUCACAAUGCCAUUGUUUCUACUGUUGUAGCUAUAGAUGUUAGUGUCAACAAAUGAUUGUUAUAUACAAUGACUCACAUGUAGCUGGAGUAUUUAAUGACUAAGCAGGUACAUUUUACAUUUUCUGAAUCAAAAAUGUAAAAUGUAAUUAAGUAUCUGUACUUAAAUGCAACCCUGAGGAGGUUCAGAGCUAAAGGGAAAUAAGUAAAAACUAUUUAUCUGUGCCUAAGAACUAUGCCUUUGCUGUAUGAUGUAAUAUUUUAGCAUGCCUAUAUUUACCAGUUGUGUUCAUAAACGUCUAGUGCUUAUAGCUGUGAAUUCACAAACAUCAGUUUCAUGCCACUCACUAAUGUAGUUUGAAUGUGUAUAGUUUAUUAAUUUCAAGUUUUUUGUUUAAGGGCUUUGAGAACCUAUUUGUGCAUUGUUUUUUUUAUUUAAUGGUGCUGAGUUCACAGUACUCUGAGGCAUUUCACUUUAUUUCAACAUUUGGCUUAAGUCAAUACAUAAUGAGGAAAAAAAAGUACAUGAAAUUGUUCACACACUGACAUGCUGUUACAUUAAUGUAGCUUCACAUAGCAGCAGAUGCACUGUAGGCAUUCAGUGUUGAGUUUGCUCUAGAAGUAGAACUAAACUAUGAAGAGCAUAUAAAAUGCAUGCUAAAUUUUCUAAAAUGUUUUCCCUUAUUUCCCAGUAAGGAAAUAAGAGAUAGACUCUGAAUACAGGAAUAUUGAUGUGAACAUACUAUAAAAGCCACAUAUUAAAAAAUUGGUAUUCUCACUUGUUCACUGCGAUGCCACAUUGACUUUACACUUGUGUGUCAGUAGUAUAUAGUGUGUUGAUGUUGUUCACAGACAUUGCUGUGCUCUCUGUUUAUUUUUAUUUUUAUUUAAAAUCCCAAAUUGUCAUAUUUUCUAUGACCAGAAUAAAUUCUGAAAUUAUUUGAA